AAAUCAUAAAAACAAUACAACGCUAUUAUUAUGUAUUAUUAUUUUUGCAGCACAGUUUAAAGCUGCAACGGAAUCACCCUAUACAGAAAAGUGUGUGCGUAGGAUUGGAGCAUGCAUACACUCUUUCCAGUUUCAAAGCAAACGAAAGGAAAAACAAGAGAGAGGAGAGAGGAGAGAGGAGAGAGGAGGGAGGAAGGGAGAGAGAGGGUGUGUAGAACUAGUGGGUUCAUCGAAAGGUCGGUUUCUUUUGGAGGGUAAAAACAAGCACUCGAUUAGGAGUGGGAGAAGGAGGACAGAGAGAGAGAGAGUAGGUGCUCUCAAAAACCCAAGCUUUGGUCCGCGUGCUUGGAUGAAAGGAACUGAUGGGUCUUGGUUUGUGCCAAAUUAAAGCCCCACUAGUUGAUAAAAAAGAUCCUUGGCAGUGCCUUUGUGCAGUUUUUGUUCCUUGAUUUUGGUUCUACUCUGGACUGUCCUGUGGGGGUACUCCUCUUCUGCUUUUGUUCCCCUUCCAUCAUUGGACUGGACUGGAUUGGAUUGGAUUGGAUUGUUUGUUUUCUCAUGGGAUUCUCACAAAUGGGUUACUCAAUUCCUUGGAUUUUCAGAUGAAAAAGUAAGAGAUUUCUUGAUUUGGGGUUCUGGGUUUUGCAUUAAACAUGUUAAAGUUCAAAUAUUUGGGGUAAAAUACUGAGAAAUCCGCAAGAGAAAUGAUGGUUUCCGUGGAGGAGAAGCUCAAAACUGGAUGCUUGCUUGAUGAGAUGAAGCUGCUGAAAGAGCUGCAGGACCACUCUGGGACCCGGAAGGCUAUAAAUUCGGAGCUAUGGCACGCCUGCGCCGGCCCGCUUGUUUGCUUGCCGCAGGUUGGGAGUCUCUCGUACUACUUCCCCCAAGGACAUAGCGAACAGGUGGCGGUUUCGACGAAAAGAACGGCAACCUCACAAAUUCCGAACUAUCCCAAUCUCCCUUCGCAGUUGCUAUGCCAAGUUCAAAAUGUUACACUGCAUGCAGACAAAGAAACCGACGAAAUCUAUGCACAAAUGAGCCUUAAACCAGUGAGCUCUGAAAGGGAUGUCUUCCCGGUACCAGACUAUGGAAUGAAGCCUAGUAAACAUCCAUCUGAGUUUUUCUGCAAAACUUUGACUGCAAGUGACACAAGCACACACGGGGGAUUCUCCGUGCCGCGUAGGGCAGCAGAAAAGCUCUUUCCUCCCCUGGAUUUCACAAUGCAACCACCAACCCAAGAACUUGUUGUCCGAGACUUGCACGAUAAUACCUGGACAUUUCGCCACAUUUAUCGCGGGCAGCCGAAACGACACCUUCUCACAACUGGAUGGAGUUUGUUUGUUGGUGCAAAGAGGCUUAGAGCAGGGGAUUCCGUUCUAUUUAUCAGGGAUGAGAAGUCACAGCUAUUGAUCGGUGUGAGACGAGCAAAUCGUCAGCAAACAACAUUGCCGUCAUCAGUUCUAUCUGCUGAUAGCAUGCACAUUGGUGUCCUUGCUGCUGCGGCUCAUGCUGCAGCUAAUCGGAGUCCAUUCACUAUAUUCUACAAUCCAAGGGCAUGCCCUUCAGAAUUUGUCAUACCUUUGGCCACAUUCCAAAGGGCUGUAUUUGGGACACAGCUCUCGAUUGGCAUGAGGUUUGGAAUGAUGUUCGAGACAGAGGAGUCGGGCAAGCGCAGAUAUAUGGGUACGAUAGUUGGAAUUAGUGAUUUAGAUCCGCUGAGAUGGCCUGGUUCGAAAUGGCGAAAUCUUCAGGUAGAGUGGGAUGAGCCAGGGUGUUGUGAUAAACAGAACAGGGUUAGUUCAUGGGAAAUCGAAACUCCGGAAAGUCUUUUCAUAUUUCCUUCUCUGACUUCGAGUCUUAAAAGACCGAUGCACUCUGGAUUCUUGGGAGCAGAAGCCGAAUGGGGAAAUAUGACCAAAAGAUCAUUCAUCCGGGUUCCUGAGAUUGGAAACGGGAACUCUUUUCCAUACCAGAUUUCAAAUCUAUGUUCGGAACAGCUAGUCAAUAUGCUAAUGAAACCUCAACUUGUUAAUCAUGCCGGAACAUUAGCUACUCUACAGCAGGAAUCAGCUGCUAAUGUAGAUUCAGUAGAUAUGAAGGCUAUGCAGGCCAAAAUCAACCAAAAGAAUCCAGCUGAUGGCGUAAACGCGAAUGCACCAUUUCAUGGAAUUCCACCGGGAAAUCUGAACACCGUAGCCAAGUUUGGAAGCCAAGCACCAGUUGGAAGUAGCACUGAGAAGACGAAAUCAGAACCUGAACUUUCUGCAGAUCAGUUAAGUCAGUUGAGUUCAGCAGGGCAAGGCAUCGAGGAUAAAUUAGUUGCAGGGUUUGCGAGUCCCUAUAACAUUAUGAAUCAGCUGACAUUUGCCAACCAAAACACCAGUUCAGCGCAACUACAAACUAGCCCGCGGCCUACGCAGCCCUUGGAUUCACUACUCUACCACUCUCAACAAACUGAUUUACCUCAUUCGGAUUUCAAUGGCAUGAACAGUUCACUUCCAUUCCUAGACAAUGAUGAAUGCAUGUUUUACUCUUCUUGCCAACCCUUUUCCGGGGCACUCACAUCACCGGGGGCUUUGUCUGCGUUUGGUUUACCAGAUUCUUCAACUGUUUUAACUGACGCAAAUACUUCCUCCCUAACUUCAAUCGGUCAGGACAUGUGGGAUAAUAGCCUCAUUAAUUCAAGCAGCCUGAGAGAUUUGUCGGAUGAGAGCAACAAUCAAAGUGGGAUCUACGGUUGUCCGAACGUCGAUGUUGGUAGCGGCUUAAGUACUGUCGUUGACCCUUGUGUCUCAAGCACUAUACUCGAUGACUUCUCUACACUGAAGAAUGCCAACUUCCAGAAUUCUUCGGAUUGUUUGGUUAAAAACUUGAGCUCAAGCCAGGAUCUUCAGUCGCAGAUUACCUCGGCGAGCCUUGGAGACUCUCAGGCUUUCUCUAGGCAAGACCUGGCAGACGCCUCAGGCGGUACAUCCUCGAGCAAUGUAGAACUUGAUGAGAGCAGUCUACUGCAGAACAGUUCGUGGCAUCCGGUGGUUGCACCCAUGCGAACCUACACGAAGGUUCAAAAGACGGGUUCUGUUGGGCGGUCAAUUGAUGUUACUAAUUUCAAAAACUACGAAGAACUAUGCUCUGCAAUCGAAUGCAUGUUCGGAUUGGAAGGGCUGCUAAAUGAUCCAAGAGGUUCAGGGUGGAAAUUGGUUUAUGUAGAUUAUGAGAGCGACGUUCUACUCGUCGGGGAUGAUCCUUGGGAGGAAUUUGUUGGUUGUGUUCGCUGCAUCAGAAUCCUUUCGCCUACGGAAGUUCAGCAGAUGAGCGAAGAAGGCAUGAAGCUUCUGAACAGUGCUGCAAUGCAAGGGAUGAAUAGCACCAUGUCCGAAGGUGGCCGUCCCUAAAAUGGCCGCCACUGCAGCUACAAUCGCGCACAAUGGUCCAGGCAGGUUGCACGUUAGGGUUUGCAACUAGGAUGCAGUGCUAGGCAAGUUGAUGUGGGUGCUAAUGUACUUUAGCUUUUGUGUUCUAGGCGAGGUUUGAUGUACUAAUACCUGACAUUAAUUAGCAGGAAGUGAAACUAGAAGGGUACUUUAAUAGUGUAAUGGAAACUUUUGUGCUUCUUAAAACUUCUA